UUGCAGAUGGAGGAAUAAAACCCUUCUGAUAAAACGGUUUAAUCAGCACAACAAAGUAAAACUAGAUUUAAAUCUGAAAUUUUCUUCAUCCCGAUCAGAUAAUCCUGAGCCUUUCAAGCCUGAUUUAUGAGACUGAAGCACGAGACAUUUCCUGCAGGUAGCUCAUCCAUCAAACCUCUAAACCUGUUCAACUCCCCACCAGGCCGCUGAAAACAAGACAUGGUUUAACUCAGAAGAUCAAGCUGAGUCCUAAUUCAGGGCCUGCAUUUCAAAGCCAACAAAGUCUUCAUGAAAACUCAGCCAAAUAGAUUCUUCUUGGCAUCUUGAUGGUUAAAGGCGGUGGUUAAACUAAUUCUAACAUCAAGGAUUGUAAGUUUGAGUCUUGAGCUCAUCCUAAUAUUAUUUACCCUGUUCUGGCUCUGUUGAGUCAUCUCCUCACAUCAAACUUGGAACAUUUCUUGAAACAUUCAGAUGCCAAUAUAAAAAAUUAAACCAACUUUAGUUUCCAAAUGUAAAAGCAGGAGCAGCGCUAGCGAUGUAAACAGGAAGUCCUCUAAAUGCUUCAUUGGUUUAUAGCGUUGCUAUAAAUCAUAUAUAUGAUAAUGGUUGACUGAAUUAAUGUCAGACACCCAAACGGUUGUUUCUGAAGCUGCCAGGUGUCGUGCAUGGCGGCCAUGUUGGAUUUUAAGGUCAAGGUUGGUGGGAAAAAUGCUGCCUUUCUGUAUUCUAUCUUCACGGUCUGGUCCAGUCAAAUUUUCACACACUGAACCUUUUAAAGUAGAACUUUAAAGUACACAUAGAACGUUUUAAGGAAGAACCAAGGUUCUGUCAAAAAGUCCAGUUUUUUCCUAUCCGUCUCAACAAGGUGUGAUUAGAAAGUCUAAAUGUGGCUGAAAAGGUUUUAGGUUUGAUUUAUUGGGCUGAAGAAGCCUGAGUUUAAACAUCUUUGUUUAGACUACAUUUAGACAGAACAUAUGGGCUAAAUGGGUCCAAUUUACAACCGAGUUUCUGGGGUAAAUGAAGGACGACUGACCAGUUGGAAGUGGUAUCCCACUGACCACUAAAAACGAUGUCUGUAGAUAUCUUGUCUGGAGGGAAGUGUUGCUACAGAGUUUAAAUGCUUAUAUUGCUAAUAGCAUGAAGCUCUCACACUAAACGUUAUGAAGGUCAAGCAACUUGUAUUUCAAGUCCAAAGUCUGAAUUUCCAGGUUUCCCAGGGUUCAGAUGGGUUCAGAAAACCAUUUGGAUCACACUCUGUUUUCUAGAGUCGGGUUUUUUUUCUCCAACCCAGAUCUCAACAUCCAACUUGGCUGCCGUCUCUAAAACCCGAUGAUUGCUCCACUAACAGUAGUUAGCCUGAUCGUUAGGCAUCGUCUAGCUACCAGUAUCUGGGUAUACCAAGAGUUUAAAAAGCUACGCAAGCUAAGAGCAGGAUCUCUGUAAAGCAGCAGACUGUAGGCUAGUGACCCUGAGCAAAUAGCCUGACAUCUUACCAGCUGUUAUCAGCUCAUUUAUAAAGAACAGCUUUUGUUUUUUCUGUAUUUCCGUGACUUAAAAUAAGAAUAUGUUCUAUAUAAAUAAUAUAACUAAUAAUGAGUAGUUUAGAUGAUUUAGGCAGCAGUAAGAGUAAUUGAACUAACUGGAUUAGCUCAUGUCUUACAGCUGCAACACUGCCCUGUGUUCCAGCGUCUGAGGCAGCAGGAAUGCAGCGAAAGCCUUUUGACCCUUGAAUGUAUGCAGCCCUUGAACUAAGACCCCCCCUUAAAGUGUUUUUGUAUCUGCAGCAAUAGAAAUAUAGCAAAUGAUAUUUAGUUAAAAUGUGUUUCUUUGCUUUUAUGUAUAAUUUUAGAAGUGAAAGUUGAUGUUUUAGCCAUUAGUUGGUUGGAUUUAACGUCGGCGGGAUGUCGCCCAGGCAGACUGUUGUUUCAUGCUGCUUGAAGGCUACAUGUUGUUGUUUGUGUGUAUGUUACAUAUUUUCCAGACGUAGGAACUGUGGGAAAUAAUGACUGCUGCUGCAGGUCAAAUGACGUUGCAAGCUGCCAGCAACGCAGAGAAAUUUGACUAUGUCAUGAACUUUCUGAAAAAGAUGGCAGGAAAUGAGUACGUUGGUUUCAGCAACGCCACAUUCCAGUCGGAGCGCGAGUCAGGAGACAGGAACUUCGCCAUCGGAUACUACCUGAAGGAGAAAAAGUGUUUUCCUGAAGGGACCGACAUGACGUCUGUGCUGGACCUUUACUUUCAGCUGUGCGCCAUCGAGGUGACCUGCGAGAGCGCCAGCGUCAUGGCGGCCACGCUGGCCAACGGCGGCAUCUGCCCGAUCACGGGCGAGCGCGUGCUGAGCCCGGAGGCCGUGAGGAACACCCUGAGCCUGAUGCAUUCCUGCGGGAUGUACGAUUUCUCCGGACAGUUCGCCUUCCAUGUCGGGCUGCCAGCCAAGUCCGGGGUGGCCGGGGGCAUCCUGCUGGUCGUUCCCAACGUCAUGGGAAUCAUGUGCUGGUCGCCUCCACUGGAUAAACUGGGCAACUCGGUCAGAGGAAUACAGUUCUGCACGGACCUGGUGGAGCUUUUCAACUUCCAUAACUACGACAACCUGAGACACUUUGCCAAGAAGCACGAUCCCCGCAGAGAGGGAGGAGACCAGAGGGUGAAGUCUGUCAUCAAUCUACUGUUUGCUGCCUACACAGGAGACGUUUCAGCCCUGAGGAGGUUUGCUCUGUCAUCCAUGGACAUGGAGCAGCGGGACUACGACUCCAGGACGGCCCUCCAUGUGGCCGCAGCUGAAGGACACUUGGAGGUUGUGCGCUUCCUGCUGGAGGCCUGCAAGGUGAAUCCAGUACCUGAAGACAGAUGGGGGAACACACCAUUGGAUGAAGCUGUGCAGUUUGGCCAUCAUGAUGUGGUCAGCGUCCUGCAGCAGUACCAAGAAAAGUACACCCCACCCAAUGGUUCUGAUGACAAGAUGAGCAAUGAGAAGAACCUGGACAGCCUCCUGUAGACCUGCUGACCUAUCUUCAGCACCGAGGCUUCUGAAACGUGUGAUGAGAUAGUUGCUUUGCUUUGUGUUGGAGCAUAUGUCCCAAUUUAAUGUGUGUGAGCAGCUUACCUUUACUGUUCAAAUGACGAUACAGUAUCUGAAUAUCUGUAACUCCGUGUUUACAAUAUAUUUAUAUCAGCUCAAGGUUGGGAACCAGUCUUAGAAACCAUAUUAGGUUCUGUUGUUUCAGUACCGCUCUCCAGGGAUGGACCUGUAUGUUUGUGAGUUGUUAAAUUUUGGUGUAAUUUGUCCCAGGUAUCCCUGCAGCCGUUGAUCGUUUGUUGAUCGCUGCAGAAUUCAUGCAGCUUCUCUUGACGUCAGACAAUGAUUGUAUCCUGAAUGUAUUUUACAAUGACAAUGCAAGAGGAACGUGAUGGAUUCAUUUCACAGAGACUUUACAGAGCGCGAAUGCUGUCCAGAGACUGAUGUUUGUGUAAUUUGUUACAUUUACAAUAAAGUUGUUUUCUUUGGUUGCA